CAAGCUGUUUAGAAAGAAUAUGGCACCGCAUUCAGUUACAAUCGCCUCUUUUGACCAUCUUCAUUUCAGCGAUAAGGACAAAAUAAAGAUGAGGAAACCAAUCGUUGAGAAGAUGCGGAGAGAUCGCAUCAACAGCUGCAUCAACCAGCUCAAAAGUCUGUUAGAGAAGGAAUUCCACAGCCAUGACCCCAACACCAAACUCGAGAAGGCCGAUAUCCUGGAGAUGACCGUCAGCUUUCUAAAAAAGCAGCUGCAGAUCCCAGCAGCUCUGGCUCAGAGGGAUUAUAAUGAAGGAUACUCUCAUUGCUGGAGGGAGUUUAUGCAAUUCCUCACUCUUCACUCCACCGGAGGAGGAUCUGGCCGGGAGUUCCAGCAUCUUCAUAAUGCCCAACGAGCAAGCCCAGCUGUCAACGCCACUCCAUCAGCACACUCUUCUAAACUGAGCGCAGUCAGUCUGCAGCAGCCUGACAGCAGGAGGCCCGUCUGGAGACCAUGGUAGAGAAGCUAAAGCCUGAGAUUUGAAAAUACCCGAGGGACAGUUGUGUCUCUCAUAAGUGUAGGAGAUAUUCAUUUCCAAAGUGUAAGUUUGUUAUAUCUUGUCUUCAUAUUGAUUGACAAAAACUUUAGAUGGACGUGUGUUUGUCAGUGGAAGGCGGUGCAUUUAAAUGUACAGCCUCUUGUUCUGAAUCAAUAGCUCUUAAUGUGAUUUUUACCACAUAUAUCAUCUUUUUUGUAAAUGUUAUUACAUUGUAUAUUGCUUUUUUAUAUUUGAAUGGACAUGCAUUUUAUUUAGGUUGACUCCAGUGGAGUUUGUGGUUUAUGUAUCAGACCUUUGACAAACACACUGGUACUGUACUUAAGAUUUUCUUCAGAGUUUGCGCUGAGAAUUUUGCAUUGUUUUUAAGGGAGGCUCAUUGUACCUUUUUUAAAAAAUUUUAUUGAACAUUCACAACAUUCAUAACAUUAUAAUAGAAUACAAUGUCAUACCUUUGACACAUACAGUACAAAUACAAACUAAAAAAUAAUAAUAAAAGGGCAUCACAAACAUAUAUCAAAAUCAUUAUAACAAUGACACAGUCUUACUGGCUUUCUUGUUUAUAGAAAAUCUUAUAGACUCAAAAUAAAUAAGGGCUGUUUGGAAAUGUGGAAAUAUUGGGUUUAAAAUCACUCCACUUAGUCUGAUGUAUAUAAUAUUGUCUUCAUCAAUGAUUUUUUUUUUUAUUGUAUGUUUUGGAAAUAUAAGCUCUUAUGCCAAAUAUCUUUUUCUGUUAAUAAAAUUAUACCAUGUCAAAUAACUUUUGCCUGUGUCACAGACUCUUGUUCUGUUCACUGUCAGAAUCUAAGCCUUGUUAUAUGAACUGCUUAAGUAAUUGGCACAAUAUGUGCAUGUUCUUGUCAGUAGUUUGGAAAGGAAGCAACUGCUAUUACAAUCAAAGGAAUUGUAACUGUAAAAUGACUGUUAACAAGUAAAUUAUUUUAACUAUAUGGAACAAAUGGACCUUAUUCAGAGUUGCGCCAUCUUGGAUUUUUGAUGGGAAUGACAACGAGGCUGUGAGGGAUAGACUAACAGCCUCUUCAAUGGGUUGUACAGUUGUUUAAAGUGUUUUGAAUCAUUCCGCUGUGAAAUAUUGGAAGAAAAAAUUAGGUCUGUGAAUAAGGUCUGUUCUCUUCAUCUCAGUGUGAGUGCAUGAACCAUUGACUUUGUUGACUAAACCUGUUACUUUACAAGAUCCGUCAUACCUUUGAGAUUGCAAGAAUGCAGGUUUAAACCCUUAAAUUGUCAUCAACUGCAUCUGUUUAAUUGCAAGUCACCCUUUAUAAAUGUUCUUUUAGUAUAAGAAAGAGAGUGUGAGAUAAAUUAUGUUAUUAAUUCUGUCAUUAUGUUUAUAAAAUGCUUUUAUAACAAUUGUUUUGCUUUAUUUUGAGAGCAAUUGUAUAAUUUGAACUCUGAAAUAACUCUAGACUAUGUCUAUAUUAGGUAUCUACCAGCACAGAUGCUGCUUUGGACAAAGCCAGUAAAUAGAAUAACACAGCCUCCCCUCUACAGGCACACUUCUAUUGUUCUGCCCUCCUGAGAAUAUCGCACUCACAAUGGGAAAGUAGUGUGGGAAACAGUUCCACACACCCAACCCACACGUUCCACAGUCAGUGGAGAUGACCUCCCUAACAACAGCAAGCCCUUUCAUCCUAUCUUCUUUUCCCAGGGGCUGAAGCAAGUGUGUGUGUCACUGAACAUUUGUGAAUGAUUAGAAGAGAUACAGUGGGGUUCAAAAGUCUGAGACCACUGGUGAAAAUGUUAUAUUAACAGCAUAACAAUUCAAUUUGAGCGAAAAGUUGAAGUAAAAAUAUAAACAUGAAUUUCAGAAUUUCUUAGUAUCUGGUAUGUCUUCCAUUUACUUUAAUGACAGCAUGCACUUGAGCUGGCAUAAACUCCACAAGUUUUUGCAAAACCUGAUGAUCCAUGUUAUCCCAGCAUUAUUUGAGAAUGUUCCAAAGAGCAUCUUGUAUGUUUCAACCGAACCAUUCGUGGCAUAGAAAUAAUGUAGAAUCUUAAAUGUUCCUUAUUCAUUUUACGUAAUAACGUUUCUUUUUUUAAAAAAAAUGUUUAAUCCUAAAACUUUGUUUAUUUCCAGGUUUAAGUUAGAUCUUGAAUCACAGACUUUCAAUGUCAUCUCACACUUUUGGAACCAACUGUACAAACCGAUAACUGAUACUAGAGCAAAAAAUAAAUAAAAUCUAUAUAUACAAAACAUACAGUAUUUACUGUACAA